CUUAAUCACCGUCCGAUCAGGAGGCCCAGCCGUUUUCAACCAUGUGGGGCCCAAAGUCAAAGGACAAGGAAAUCAAACCGCAGUCGUCGUGGUCGUCGUCUUCUUCUACUUCUUUGUCUUCUUUUCCUACUGUAAAAUUCUCCAUUUCUUCCGUGUACUUUAAUACCCCACCCUCACUCACCACUUCUUCCAAUAAUCCAAAUCCCACAGCCGUUUUCCAUUUCCUGCGGGACUUCCCUUCCUCACGCCAUUCUCGCUGCGGAAAACCGGAAAAUGACCUCCGACGGCGCCACUUCUGCCACCACUUGCCGGCGGAAGCCGUCCUGGAGGGAGCGGGAGAAUAAUCGGACCAGAGAACGACGAAGGAGAGCCAUCGCGGCUAAGAUCUACGCUGGCCUUAGGGCUCAAGGCAACUUCAAUUUGCCUAAACAUUGUGACAAUAACGAGGUCCUUAAAGCCCUCUGUGCUGAUGCUGGUUGGACCGUCGAAGACGACGGAACCACUUAUCGGAAGGGAUGCAGGCCGCCCCCAAUCGAUAUCGUCGGCAGUUCCAACAGAGCCACCCCCUACACAUCCCAAAAUCCAAGCCCAUUGUCUUCUUCAUUUCCUAGUCCUAUGGCAUCCUAUCAAGUCAGUCCCUCCUCCUCCUCCUUCCCGAGCCCGUCCCGUUUGGACGCCAACCAUCCAUCAAACCUCAUUCCAUAUCUUCGCCAAGCGAUUCCCAAAUCACUUCCUGGUCUUAGAAUCUCAAACAGUGCUCCCGUGACGCCUCCUCUUUCAUCCCCUGCCUCAAAUUGGGAGGUCACGGCUAAAGAAUCCUUGUCCUUGUUGAAUUACCCUUUCUUUGCAGUAUCCGCCCCAGCUAGCCCGACACGCCCUCAGCUGCUGCAUACUCCCGCCACGAUCCACGAAUGCGAUGAGUCUGAAUCAUCCACCAAUGACUCCAAUCAAUGGGCACUUCUCCGUGCCUGUGCGCCAACUUCUCCCACCUUCAACCUUAUGAAACCUGCUGAUCAGCAUGCUCUGCACGGUGGUUUCAUCAAAGAAAAUGGAAGAGGAAAAGAAUUUGAGUUCUUGGGCUGCAAGGUUAAGCCCUGGGAAGGGGAGAAGAUCCAUGAAGUUGGAUUGGAGGAUUUAGAGCUCACACUCGGUAGCUGUAAGGCUCAAAAUGAUAACAAUAGUAAGAAACCUUGUUUUGAUUGAUUCAUAAUCUAUCUGGGAAUUUUGAUAUAUGUCAUAUUAAAAACACUGAAAUGAAGAACACAUAUUGCUCUGUUUUUCAUCGUUCAAACUCUGUUUCAAUUCAGUUCAACCAUUUGCUUGAA